UUCCUCUCCCCGCCGGCGAUGGCGCCGCCCUUGCGGAGGUUGUCGGAGGAGGAGCGCGAGUGGCGGUGACCACACAAAGCUAAUAGUAGUCGGUCCAUCACAAAACUGCCUGCCUCUUCGCAUGCCAUGCCAUGCAACUGACUCCUUCACAGUCUCUCUCGACCAACCAGACUCAUCACUCAACAAACCUCCCGCUCCCUGCUGCCAACCCCCCCAAGAGUAUCGGCAGAUCGAGGCUAGCUUCCCGUCGAUCGACCGCCGGCCGCCAUGAUCUCGUGGCACGACCUGUACACGGUGCUUUGCGCGGUGGUGCCGCUGUACGUGGCGAUGGUCCUGGCGUACGGCUCCGUGCGGUGGUGGGGCGUGCUGACGCCGGACCAGUGCGCCGGCAUCAACCGCUUCGUCGCCGUCUUCGCCGUGCCGCUCCUCUCCUUCCACUGCAUCUCCACCAGCGACCCCUACGUGAUGAACCUCCGCUUCAUCGCCGCCGACACGCUGCAGAAGGUCCUCGUCCUCGCCGCGCUCGCCGUCUGGUCGUACCUCCCGACCGCGCGCCGCGGCGGCGCCGCCGCCGAUGCGGCGGCCGGCGGGACGAAUAAUAAGCGGGAGCCGUUGGACUGGUCCAUCACGCUCUUCUCCCUGUCCACGCUGCCCAACACGCUCAUCAUGGGGAUCCCGCUCCUGGUCGCCAUGUACGGGCAGUACUCGGGCGACCUCCUGGUGCAGGUGGUGGUGCUCCAGUGCAUCGUGUGGUACACCCUCCUGCUCGUCCUCUACGAGUUCCGCGCCGCGCGGGUGCUCAUCGCGGGGCAGUUCCCGGCCGGCACCGCGGCCGCGGCGUGCAUCAUCGCCGACGUGCGCGUGGACCCGGACGUGGUGUCGCUGGCCGGCAGCCAGGCGGAGGCGCAGGCCGAGGUGGCGCCCGACGGCAGGAUGCGCCUCGUCGUGCGCCGGUCCACGUCGGCGCCGUCACGGCGGUCCCUGGCGGCGGCCACCGCCGCGACGCCGCGGCCGUCCAACCUGACAGGCGUGGAGAUCUACUCGAUGAGCUCGUCGCGGAACGCCACCCCGAGAGGGUCCAGCGGCAUCGCGCACGCCGACAUAGGCUGGCCCGCCGCCGCGCCGCUGCACGGCGCGUCGUCGCUGCGCAUGUCGAGCUUCGGCGCGGCGGACCUCUUCUCCCUGCACCCGACGCCGCGGCCGUCUAGCUUCGACGAGCAAGCUGUGCGGGCAAGAUCGGCCGCCACGGUGGCGCCCAGCAACGACCCCAGGGACGUGCACAUGAUCGAGUGGAGCUCCGGCGCGUCCACGACGUCGGAGGUGCGCGGCUUGCCGGUGUUCCACGGCGGCGACCUCCACCGCGGCAUGGAUUCCCGCCGGCUGGUCCCCUCCGAGGUGCCUCCGAGAGCGAUGCGGCCGGGGGAGCGCGUCGUCACGGGCUUCCCGGCGGACGCCGCCGGGCAGGACGCGCUGACGAAGCUGGAGUCCGGGUCGACGGAGGAGGAGCGGAAGGACGACAAGGACGCCGGCGCCGGAGCGGGAGGGCAGCAAACGGCGGCGGCGGCACCGGCCGGCGUGAUGAUGCGGCUGAUCGUCACGAUGGUGUGGCGCCGGCUGAUCCGCAACCCAAACACGUACGCCAGCGUUGUCGGCCUCACUUGGUCGCUCAUCUCGUUCCGAUUCCACGUCGCAAUGCCAGUCCUAGUGAAGAACUCCAUCAGCAUACUCUCCGAUGCAGGGCUAGGGAUGGCCAUGUUUAGCUUAGGGCUGUUCAUGGCCACGCAGCCCAAGAUCAUUGCCUGCGGAAACAAAGUCGCGGCCAUCACCAUGGCAAUUCGCUUCCUCUUCGGCCCCGCCGUCAUGGCCGCCACGUCCGCCGCCAUCGGCCUCCGAGGCACGCUCCUGCGCGUCGCCAUUGUUCAGGCUGCUCUGCCGCAAGGAAUUGUGCCAUUUGUGUUCGGCAAGGAGUACAAUCUGCACGCCGCCAUUCUUUGCACCGGGGUGAUUUUUGGCAUGCUAAUCGCUCUUCCCAUCACCUUGGUCUACUAUAUUAUUCUCGGACUAUUGUGAAUGGUGUCCAAGCAAAAACGACCGUGCCAAAGCCAGAAGACAUGUCGCGAAUCUGGAUUGGAGGUUGUUCGCCCGGGGCGAACUUGUUCCGAACAGAGCCACUUCUCCCUCUCGUUUUUCCCUCCCGGCGCGCUGUGUCUAGUUGGAGUGAGUCGCUCCAGUACAUGCAGUUUUCACCCUUUUUUUUCUUCUUCAUCAUUUUUCUAUUAGGCCUUGUUUAGUUGGCAAAAUUUUGGUUUUUUGGCUA